AUGUUGCUCAACCAGAUCAAAGACGAGUUGGCCGAGGCACGGGAGAUCUGCCGGAGUAACCUGGUAAAACAGGUCAUGAUGAACAAUCAGAUCGCCACAUCGUUCGGUCUUCGACUCUGCUCGUCCACCGAAAUACCUCUUAUCGCGAAGCGAGCUGGAUACUCGGCUAUACUCAUGAACCUUGAGCAUGCACCGAUUGGUAUUGAGACUAUGAGAGAUAUCUCUGUCGCUUGCCUCAACGUCGGAAUCACGCCCAUGGUUGUCGUGCCUACUUGCGAAGCUCAAUGGAUAUCUCGAUGCCUUGAUUCAGGUGCUCAGGCCAUAGUAGUACCGCAUGUCAACAAUGUUGAAGAGGCUCAAGUCUGUGUUAAUGCAGCAAAGUAUCCGCCGCUGGGCCGCCGGUCAUUGACCAUGGCUCAGCCUAUAACACAGUACACGACUCAUAUUCCGCACCAGGUUGUUGCACAGGUUAUCAAUGAUAAUGUCAUGAUUAUGCCCAUGAUUGAGACGGCCGAGGGUGUAUCGAAUGCAGAAUCCAUUGCAGCCAUCCCAGGAGUGGAUGCUCUUUUUAUCGGUUGCGCGGACUUGACAACGGAUCUAGGCAUCGCCGGUCAAUACGAUACGGUCGAAUUUCGCAAGGCUAUCGACGCCAUAUCUACAGCCGCUCAGAAUGCCAGUGUCAAUGGCCGCAAGGUCUUUGUCGGCCUUGGUGGCUUAGAGGGGAGACCAGAUCUUCUAGAGACCUUUGUCCAGCAAUAUUCCAACAUACGAUUUACCAUGGCUGGCCGCGAUCUAUCGAUGCUGGCAGCUGGCAUGUCACGACAGCUCGAAUCGAUUCGCGAUAUUUCCUCCCGUAUACAAGACAGCGAGGUAUAG